AUGGAGCCAAAUCAGUUAGUAAAUACUACCAUGAAGCAUGAAACAACCCAACAUAAAACCAACCCCGACGAAGAGAUGAGCCAACGUCGCAUUGAGCGAAUAGCCAACUACGAAUUUGAGUACAAAAAACAAGAUCAAUGGCUUCGAACCAUGAUCCUAGAGACAAUCGACGGGUUUCUUACUACUACAUCACUUAUGAUAGGUGUUGGUGUGAUCACAAAACAUUAUCAUGUCAAGGGUAUAAUAGUACUUUGUGGAUUAGCGGGCAUCCUCGUUGGGGCUAUUAUCACGGCGGUGGGUGAGUUUAAGUCUAUAAGUAGUCAGAGAAGAGAGGCCGAGAAGGGAAUAGUGCAUCCUUUACAGGCUGCUGUUUCGUCGGCCCUUGUGUUUUCGACGGGGAGCAUGAUCCCUUUGAUGGCGGGGCUGUUUGUUAAGGGUUAUGUUUUGAGGUUUGGCGCGGUGGCAGGGGUGAUGAGUAUGGGUUUCGCGGUGUUUGGGUGGUUAGGGGCGUUUUUGGGUGGUGCAUCUUGGUUCAGGGCUGGUUUGAGGGUUUUAUUGUUUUGUUGGGUGGCUAUGGCUUUUACACUUGGUUUAGUUGUUCCUCAAUGGUAA